AUGGACCCCUCAACCCCCCGCCCCCUCAAACACGCCUUCGACGCCGUCACCGCCGGCGCCCCAGCCCGCGAACACACGACCUUCCACUUCCUCGCCUCCUCCAUCCCCGGCUUCGAAGCCUCCCACACCCUCGACCCCCAGGAACACAAAGUCCCCUGGAAGACCGCCUUUCCGGCGUCGCUGCAGUCCAAGCACUGGGCAGCAGCCGAAGAGUCCGCCCGCGAGCUCAUGCAGGCCAUCCUCGCCGCGAAGGCUGCAGACGAGCAGGGCGUUCUGCCCCGCGAGUGGCACGCGGAUACCGACGAGGCCAGCAAGAAGGAGAUCGAGCUGGUCGAUACGGCGGUCGCGGCCCCGAUUAAUAUGUUUCCGGCGGCGAGCGAGGAGCGCAUGCGGAUUAUGGCGAAGGCGAAUUUGUUGAUUUUUAUGCACGAUGAUGUUAUCGAGUCGCAUAUUUCGGAUGUGGGAAACACGAUCAUCGACGACGCCCUGGCCGACUGGAACACCGACGCAAGCGUCCCAGACGACUGGCGGAACCAGCUAUUCCGCAGCCUCGUCCGCGAGGCCGUGGCAAGCGACGCCCAGAACGGCCGCGAGCUGGUCGAGGGCAUGCUGACCUGGGUGCGACACACGCGCUCCAAGCCCAUGCGCGAACUGGCCUUUGACUCGUGGGACGAGUAUCUGCAGUAUCGCGCGGGCGACUCUGCAGUCGAGUUCUGCACCGCUGCAGUCAAAUUCACCUGCGACGUCAAGAUCACCCCGGAGGAAAUGAAACCCCUCGAGCAUCUGCACAAGCUCUGGAUCGCGCAUUUCGCCCUGACGAACGACCUCCACUCCUACCAUAAGGAGAUCCUGGAGACACAGGAGUCCGGCACUGCGCUGGUCAACGGCAUCGCCGUCCUGCAGCGCAUCCUGCGUGUGUCCGCCCAUGGCGCGCGACGUGUCCUGCGUGAGAUCUUGAAUGAUGUCGAGCAUCAGAUUGAUCGGGAGUAUGCGGCUUUGCAGGCUGCCGGGCUAAAUGAGCAGCAGGAGCGGAUGGUUCGCGGCAUGAUUGUUUGUCUGGCGGGGAAUGCGUUGCAUUCGGCGACUACGUAUCGGUAUGCGAGGGCUGUUCCGGGGUCGGAGAGGAAGGAUUGA